AGACUUGAGAACUGCGCUUUGUUUUUGUUUUCUAUUAUGCUACUGAAAAUGGAUAUCUAAUUAUGAGAUGAGAUGAUGAAAUUGGGGGAAAAGUAUAUAUAAGUAUAUUUAUUUAGAGAAUUGUAUUUGUGCGGAUAGGAUACUUGCCUCAUGAAGACAAUCUGUGUACAUGUUCUUACACAUGCAUUUAAAUGUUCUAUUUCAGUUAUUUUGUAUUUGUUUUGUUUUACUUUUUACCUCAUAAUAUUUUCAUUGAACAUGCCUAUGAAACGGAAUACAAGCCCGAUCCGGGAUGGCCCAUUUCUUCAUGUUCCUCCACCUUCAACCAAGAAAUUCUGCGAUGCCUCUGAGGAGUUUAUGCACACCGCUUUAUCUGACGAGAAAUUACACCGUGAUUUCCAUGGACAUUCACUCUCAAAGUUUGACGAGGAAGAUGAUUCGGGAAUUAAAUCAGAAGCAGAGGACACUAAUGAAACCCCGUCUUCUGAGGAGGACCAGGAUUUUGUUGAGUAUUCCAAAGAUUUGGCUUUCAAACAGACAACCCCGAGGAAAAGCAUCACUCAGAUCAUAAAAGACAAGAAGAAACAGACUCAGCUCACCCUUCAAUGGCUGGAGGAAAACUAUAUUGUUUGUGAAGGGGUUUGUCUGCCACGUUGCAUCCUGUAUGCUCACUACCUAGACUUCUGUAGGAAGGAGAAACUGGAUCCAGCCUGUGCUGCUACAUUUGGCAAGACAAUUCGUCAGAAAUUUCCACUUCUUACAACAAGAAGACUUGGGACCCGAGGUCAUUCAAAAUAUCAUUAUUACGGCAUUGGUAUCAAAGAGAGCAGUGCCUAUUAUCACUUGGUGUACUCAGGAAAAGGCUUGACGAGAUUUUCAGGGAGCAAACUCAAGAAUGAGGGAGGAUAUACUCGGAAAUACUCCCUCAGCUCCAAAACAGGAACUUUGCUCCCAGAAUUCCCAAGUGUACAUCAUCUAGUGCUUCAAGGUUCUGUCUCUAAAGAGAAGGUGGACACGCUCAUCAUGAUGUACAAAACACAUUGUCAGUGCAUCCUGGACAAUGCCAUCAAUGUCAACUUUGAAGAGAUACAGAAUUUUCUGCUGCAUUUCUGGCAAGGAAUGCCCGACCAUCUUUCACCACUGCUGGAUAACUCCAUAAUCGUGGACAUCUUCUGUGUGUGUGACUCUAUACUAUAUAAGGUUCUGACAGAUGUCCUGAUCCCUGCUACAAUGCAGGAGAUGCCUGAAAGUCUCCUGGCAGACAUCCGUAACUUGGCCAAGCACUGGGAAGACUGGAUGGUGUCUUCUCUAGAAAACCUCCCAGAAUGCCUCUCAGAGAAGAAGCUCCCGAUCGCACGCAGAUUUGUGUCCUCUCUAAAACGUCAGACCUCCUUCUUACACCUUGCCCAGAUCGCAAGACCAGCUCUUUUUGACCAGAAUGUGGUGAACUCCAUGGUGGUGGAUAUAGAUCAAGUGGAUUUGAACAGCAUAGGGUCACAAGCCCUUUUCACCAUCUCAAGUGGUGACCAAGACUCUGACCUCUACUCUGAAUAUGACUCUAUAACAGCGUUCCAAGAGCUGAAAGACCUACUGAAGAAGAAUGCCACUGUGGAAUCCUUUAUCGAGUGGCUGGACACUGUUGUGGAGCAGAAGGUCAUUAAGCCUGGGAAGCAGAACGGACGGUCCAUAAAGAAGCGAGCUCAGGACUUCCUCCUCAAGUGGAGUUUCUUUGGAGCACGUGUUAUGCACAACCUCACGUUGAACAACGCCACAAGUUUUGGUUCGUUCCACCUAAUCCGCAUGCUGCUGGAUGAGUAUAUCCUUCUGGCUAUUGAGACACAAUUCAACAAUGACAAAGAACAAGACCUCCAGAAUAUCCUAGAUAAAUACAUGAGAAAUGCAGAUGGCAGCAAGGCGGCAUUCACUGCCUCCCCUAGCUCCUGUUUCCUGGCCAACCGUAACAAGCCCAGCGCGGUGUCCAGUGAUCUGUCUGUGAAGAACGAGUCCCUCUCAGAACACACAUACAUGACCCUGUCAGCUAAUCAGCAGGCAAACAUGACUGUCUACCAAGGCUCUGAAACAGAUGGAUUCUCUCUGUCAGGACAAAUGGACUUUUCCCAGAACAGUGGCCCUCUGAUGACCCCUCCCAUCUCCCCAGCCAUGGUGAACAGGGGCAGUGUCAUCAACCAGGGCCCCAUGGCCGUCAUACCCCAGAUCGCCUGCACCACCAUCCAGCCCCACAUCUCCUGCCAAGCCUUCCCAGACACCAUGUACCAGAGCCUGCCUUCCAGUAGCCCCAGCUACUACCCAACCACUUCCAACUACCAGGCUGUGUUCAGGCCCCAGACACACGCUCAGGCCCCUGCCUACCACACCGGCUCCGAUAGCAGCCACUACCCGUCCUUCAGUGAGCAGCACCUUACCAAAGACUACUUCAACAGCAGCUGUGCUGUGUCCCCCUAUAGCUCCAGACCCACCUCCAAUUACAGCACAGUCCCUGAUCCUGGGAUGGAGACUCAGGGGGUUCAGCUACUGGACUCUGGAGGAUACAACUUUGUCAUGAGUGGGUUAAACAGUAGUGGCUGUCAGGAGUCUGCCUACUCAACAGCAGGACACAGUGGGUACUAUGGAAACAGUGGCUACCUGGAUAGCCAGAGGCUGGGUUCCAUGAUAGACCAGCAUGUGUCAGUUAUCAGCAGUGUGAGCAGUAUCCGUUCCGUCCCAACAUACGCUGAUGUACACGACCCCCUCAACAUCCUGGAUGACACAGGCAGAAAGCCUGCAGGCCCUUACUACCCUGAGUCUGACUCACUGGGCACACCUGGAGCUCCUCCCCUCCCCUCCUCGAUCUCCGCACCCUGCAUGUAUGGAGGUCCUGCCGAGUUCCACUCCCAGGAUGCACCGCUUUCUCACCAGGGAUCAUCUGAGGUACGUGACAUGGUGUCAUCGCUGCCACCCAUCAACACUGUGUUUAUGGGGUCUAGUGGAGGAGGACCGUGAGCUGUGACAGAACCUCCAACCACCACCACUCCUUAAGGUCCUCCGUUCCCUCUCACACCACUCCUCAAGGUCCUCCGUUUCCUCUCACACCACUCCUCAAGGUCCUCCGUUUCCUCUCACACCAUUCCUCAAGGUCCUCCGUUCCCUCCCACACCACUCCUCAAGGUCCUCCGUUCCCUCUCACACCACUCCUCAAGGUCCUCCGUUCCCUCCCACACCGUUCCUCAAGGUCCUCUGUUCCUUCCCACACCACUCCUCAAGGUCCUCCGUUCCCUCCCACACCACUCCUCAAGGUCCUCCGUUCCCUCCCACACCACUCCUCAAGGUCCUCCGUUCCCUCCCACACCACUCCUCAAGGUCCUCCGUUCCCUCUCACACCACUCCUCAAGGUCCUCCGUUCCCUCCCACACCGUUCCUCAAGGUCCUUUGUUCCCUCUCACACCGCUCCUCAAGGUCCUCCGUUCCCUCCCACACUGUUCCUCAAGGUCCUUUGUUCCC